GACUCCCAUGUUUGGUUGAGAACUGAGAAAGUGACACCAACCUUUCAAUGUUACUAUAAAUAAGUUUGCUUAAUCAUACGGUGGUUGACUUCUUUUUGUCCCAAAUCAAAACGCCAUUCUUUUACUGCAGUUGCCAAUGGAUGCUCUUGGACAUUAGUCUUACUUCUUGUUAAAACGAGUUUUGCUGCAAAUGUUUUCGUUGCAUCCUCUGCCAGGCAAAGUAAACCCAUUGGUGGCUUUCUUUUUUUUUUUUUUUCUUCUAAGUUUUGUACAGUCACUGUCGGUAACCCGACCUCGACCAAAAGAUUCACAGUAAUCACUGUCAAUUUUUUUUGUCGUUUCCUUUGUUAAACUCUUUUUAGUUUCCCCUCAUAUGUCGGGUUGAAAGUUGAAAAUUCCCCGUGCAACUGUGAACACAUUGAUAGAACUUCGACUUUCUCUGGCCUUUUCCUUCCAACAUAAACUGCAAUCAUAAAAUUUGAUUUUCUAUUUCCCCUCUUCCACUAAAAUUACUAGUGGCAAUAGGGGUUGUCACUUGUCAAUUUACGAUAAAUAACUCGUCACUUCCCCAAGCGAAUUGAUUGAAAGGGGACGAUAUUCCUUCGUUUUUUGUUCUUCUCUUUUGUUUUUUCACGGAGUCUCACUGUGUCUUCUUGCUUUGAAUCAACGCUCCAACCUUCGCAGCAUGAGUGGCGCUGAGGCAGAUAAGAACCCUUUUUAAAUAAUCAAGAACCGAUUGUGAACAAGGACAAAAAUUUAAUGGAUCAGUCACCAUUUCUUAAACUCAAGCGCUGGCAAUGGUGGCUUUUGGUGGCAAUCAACAUUUUCUUCAUCAUUGCAGGCCAAGCUGCUGCAGUUCUUCUGGGGAGAUUUUAUUAUGAUCAGGGUGGAAAAAGUAAAUGGAUGGCCACUCUUGUGCAAACUGCUGGCUUCCCAAUCCUUUGCAUCCCUUUAUUUCUUCUUCAGCCAUCUCGGGAAGCUUCAACUUCUUCCACCUUACCAUCCAUCAAAACUCUUGCUUUGGUCUAUUUUGUUCUUGGAGUAGUUGUAGCUGGUGACAAUAUGUUGUAUUCUGUUGGGCUCUUGUACCUCUCAGCCUCUACUUAUUCCCUCAUUUGUGCCACUCAAUUAGCUUUUAAUGCAGUUUUUUCUUACUUCCUUAAUUCACAGAAGUUCACUGCUUUAAUUCUGAACUCUGUGGUCAUCCUCUCAUUGUCUGCUGCUCUAAUUGCAGUCAAUGAUGAUUCAGAAGGCCCAUCAGUAGUUUCUAAAGGGAAGUUUCUCCUUGGCUUCCUCUGUACCCUUGGAGCUUCUGCUCUUUACUCUCUUUUGCUGUCCCUUAUGCAACUUUCUUUUCAGAAGGUUCUGAAAAAGGAAACAUUUUCUGUGGUUCUGGAAAUGCAAAUUUAUACAUCAUUUGUUGCCAGUUGUGUUUCGACUGUGGGUCUCUUUGCAAGUGGAGAAUGGAAGAGUUUGCACCAUGAGAUGGAGGGCUUCAACAGCGGAAGAGCUUCUUAUGUGCUGACUUUAGUUUGGACUGCUAUAACUUGGCAAGUGUGUGCAGUUGGUGUUGUGGGCUUGAUUUUUCUGGUGUCUUCUCUCUUCUCCAACGUAAUCAGUACUCUGUCUUUGGCUAUUACUCCUCUAGCUGCUCUGGUAGUUUUUCAUGACAAGAUGAAUGGUGUGAAGGUAAUUGCUAUGCUUCUGGCUCUCUGUGGUUUUGCCUCUUAUAUUUAUCAAAAUUAUCUAGAUGAUAGAACGGCAAGCAGGUCACAGACUGAUGUCCAGGAAAGCCAUGAUAAGUCUUCAUGCUAAUGAUAAUUAGACUCUAUGCCAAUAUAGUUGAUAACAAUGCAUAGAACUGACUAUGGAUAAUCUUUUAUCAAUUUUCUUUUGUAC